AUGAGCAUACCAUUGUUAGGAAACUGUAGAGACUGUGUUGAUGACACACCUGAUGAAUUUGACAGUGAUAGCGAUGAUAUUGAACAUGGUAUUUUAAAUGACUGCUUAGACCUAAUCAAUAGUACUGAAAGAACUGACAAAUGGAACUCUGCUUUACUUGCUAUGAUAAAAAGAAAAGAUUAUGAUGGGUUGUUGUGGUUCUGAAUUCGGCGUGACUACCUAUAUGAAGAUACUUUUGAAAGGUUGCUGUUAGAGCCCGAGAUUAAAAGAGUGAUAAGAGUCAAUUUGAUCAGCACUGUUGGUGUUGAAGAACAAGGAAUUGAUGGUGGAGGGCUGUUCAGGGAAUUCAUAUUGGAAUUUCUUAAAACAGCAUUUGAUCCUAACAGAGGUUUUUUUAUAAUGACUCGUAACAAUGAAUUUUAUCCUAAUCCUAACAUCCAUGUCAUAUGUAAUGACUACAAAACACACUAUAACUUUAUAGGAAAGAUGCUUGGAAAAGCUUUAUUCGAAAAUAUAGUAGUCGAAGUGACCUUGGCUGAUUUCUUUCUGACUGAGAUUUUGGGUUUCUACAAUGAAUUUUACCUAAAUGGUUUAGCCAAUCUAGAUCCAGAUUUAUACAAAAACCUGAUAUCCCUGACUUGCUAUGAAGGAGAUUUAUCUGAAUUAGGAUUGGAUUUUACAUUAACACUUAAUGAUUUUGGAGAAAAUAAAGUGGUCGAAUUGAAGCCCAAUGGAAAAGAUAUUCCAGUAAAUGGAGAAAAUGUACUCGAGUAUGUUUAUUUAGUGGCACAAUGUAAGGUUCAUUCACAGAUCAAAGAGCAAACAUCUUCCUUUUCUGAAGGAUUGGACAGUGUUGUUUCUCUUGAAUGGCUAAAUAUUUUUACAGCUAAAGAGUUGCAAAUAAUUAUUUCUGGAAAUAAAUGCCCAAUAGAUGUUGAUGAUAUGAAAGCACAUACUGUUUACACAGGAGGUCACACACAAGACCAUCCCUCAAUUGUAAUGUUCUGGAGGGUUGUAAAGUCACUUAGCAAUAAGCAGCGGAGUUUGCUAUUGCGGUUCGUCACCAGUUGCUCGAGGCCACCUCUUCUUGGCUUUAAGGAGCUCUAUCCACCUUUCUGUAUCCAACUUACAGACUAUGAUGACAACAGGCUCCCUACUUCAAGUACUUGUAUGAAUAUGCUAAAAUUACCCAUGUUCACCAAUGAAGAUGCAAUGAAAGAGAGGCUCAUAUAUGCAAUACAAUCAAGAUCUGGAUUCGAUUUGGCUUAA